AUGGUGAACUACACUCAUCUGACCACUCGACUGGAUGUCAGGGAUCUCGUGAAGAUUCUGCAUGCACUUUUUCUGAAAUUCGAUAUGGCUGCCCAACAGAAUAACGUGAUUCGCAUCAAGUUUUUGGGGGAUUCGUAUAAUUGUGUAUCGGGGAUUCCCCAUUACAAUCGAAGACACGCCAAAAACUGUGUUGCCCUCGCCCUGGAAAUGAUACAGGAAACUCAGGACAUACGAUUGGAAUUUAAACAGGACAUUGAUAUGCGCAUUGGCGUGCACUCCGGUGAGGUCUUCUCCGGAAUUAUUGGACUGACCAAGUGGCAGUAUGAUAUCUGGUCGCGCGAUGUGGAUAUUGCCAAUCGUUUGGAAACCUACGGAAAGCCGGGAAUGGUUCAUGUUUCCCAAACGACUCUCAGUAUGCUGGACAAUGAAUAUCGGUAUGAGGAACGAGGUCCUUUGGACAAAGAAGAUCCCAUCUUGCAGAGGGCUCACAUUCAAACCUAUCUCAUAGGUCCACAGAAUAAGAAAAGAUACACGGACUCGUAUCGUAACGUGUCCUAUUAUUCCAGCGAAUCCAUUGGGUCGAAUGCCCAGGAUAUUCAGGACGCUAACGAUGUCGAUCACGAGGAAAUCCGAGCCAAAACCCAUCGGGGUAUGGUCGAAAAGGUCGAGCACAUGCCUGUGGGUCGCAUACAACUUGCUCGUAUUUUUGACUUCUCCAAGGAAACUGAAACUGGCAAUGAGGAUAUUCUUUUCAAGCCCCACAUUAGCUCCUGUUGGCGUCUCUUUCGCAACAGUGAGAUCGAGUGGAACUAUAUGAAUGAGCCGGAUUAUUUUAUCAAGUACAGUUUAUUCAUGGUCUUCUUCGUCGGUUGUAUGCUAUUAUUAGUACACAUUUCUCAGCCAUUGUGAGUGCCUCUUUUUCUAUU